AUGGGUGCCAAAAUCCUGAUUCCUCCUGAUCGAAGUAAAAAUACUUGUGUUGAUGAAACCAAAUACUUUAUAUAUGCAUCUUCAGCAAUGCAAGGUAAAUCAUUUAUUUAAGGAUAUAGGUUGGAAAGGAGAUAUGGAAGACGUUCAUAUUCAUGUAUGUGACUUUGCACCGGAUAUUUCUCUCUUUGGUGUCUUUGAUGGCCAUGGAGGCAAUGUUUUUGCUCGAUUUGUUUAGAAACAUUUUAUUGAAGAACUUGAAAAGAAUAAAAAUUUUAAAGAUCAUAAAUUUGAAGAUGCUCUUAUAGAGACUUUCUUAAAAAUGGAUGAGCUCUUGAUUAGUCCAGAAGGUCAAAAUGAAAUUAAUGAAAUGAAAGAUAAAAAUGAAAGCAGUAAUUAAAAUUAAUAACCCAUAUAAUUAGUCAAUUUUGCAGGGACUACUGCCAAUGUUGCCCUAUUUUAUAAGAAUACACUUUAUGUUGCUAAUGU